AUGAAGACAUGAAGGAUAUUGCACGUGUUAAUUAAACAUGGAAUAGGUCCUACGGGCAGGAGCAGUUGGUGUCGAGCUUAAAUUUUUAUUCUUAAAUCUGAGUUUAAAACUAAGAGGGAGCCACAGGACAUGCCUUGGUCAGGGUGAGAGCAUGUGUGUGUAUGCGUUUGUGUGUGUGACUGAGUGUGUGCUUGUUCUCAUGGAGCAACCAUGACCAAAGCAGCACUUACUAAACUUCUCAUCCUCGUGAUCCUCACCUUCAUCAUCUGCCUCCCAGAAUUCUUCACUUCGUACAGAGUCUUGAGAGUGAACUUCCUCUGUACACCCCAUCAACCCUCUGAGGAAAUGAAGAAGAUGGUGGAAGGUGAGGUGAAGAGGAGGAAGGGUAUGUGUGACCGUUGCCUGACCUCUGGAGAAGAAAAACAAGAGCUGGUUUGCCCUCAAGGGAUCAACGUGACAGGCCCCGGGUCAGAUUUGAGGGAUGGUGGUGCCGAUCCUUCAGAAGAGGGCUGGUUUAUGUGUGAGACUGACAUGGAUGUGGCAGAUCUACAGGAUGAAGGCUCAUUAUUAAGUCCAGAGACAAGUCUGGAGGUGUCGGUGGAGGUUCAGCUCGGAGGCGCAGGCUCCCUGAAUCUCACCCUGUACGGCCACCGCAACCACAGCUCUCUUUACCUCCACCCACCUGAGGCAGAGGAGGAGGAAGAAAAAGAGGAAGAGGAUGAAGGCCGCAGGGAAGCAUUCUACUGCUGCCUCCCCGUCCCGCCCUCCUCAGAGCCGACCAAUCAGAGCCAUUGUCUUCUUCAGCUGACCAACCAAACAGCUUUGACUGCAAGGGUGAAGGAAAAGCUGCCAUGGAAACGGACACAGAGAGAUGAGUGGUUUUGUGUGUUCAGGGUGCUGUGGCUGGUUCUGCUGUGUGUGGUGCUCCUGACUGUUGCCACUACAGUGCUGGAGCAAAUCUGCCAUGGGAGACGCUGCACCAAAAAGCUCAAGUUGUCCCAACUCUGUCGCUGCUACACCCGUCAACACUUGAACGAGUCUGCUCCCUCAUCAGGAAACCACUCAGCUGGAGAGCAGUACACAGAGAUGACCGCACUGAAAGGGACGACCCCUCGAUCCUUUGAGUACUGCUAUUCUUCACCAGAACUAUCACCCAUUGAAGAAGUUGAGACUUCAGUGUUCAUGUAUUCUACACCUGACCUCCCAGACACUCUGCUGGACGGAGAUGUGGACCAUCAGUAUGACAGCACUGGAGCCCAUCUGCAUCAUCGGAGCCAUCCGCCCGUCUCAUCCCUCGCCGUGGAGCAGGCCUAGCGAGAGGGCAGCUCCCCUGUGAGCAGAACAGAAAUGGACGGCGUAAAAUAAAGAUGACUGCUUCUAUCCAUCUAUCCAUGGCAACCAUCCCUGAAGAGAAAAUAAACAAGAUC